GCAAAAACGGCCACCUCCACGCGAAUGCAACAUACAGAGGAGAGGACAACCCCGGCGGUUGCAUUGAACCCGCCCGUCUGCAUCGGCGUCCACUGCGGCACACGCGGGGCAUAUUCAAUAAACGUAAUAAAGAGCAGUUUACAGUCAGAGACAUGCAGGUGCGGCGGGGGAAACAACCAGGAGCGAGUUUGGUCGGUUGGUUCUGUCAAUAUUCUCGUUGUAUCUCCUCAUCCCCGAGCAUCCUCCCCUCCACACCACCAGCAUCACCACCAAGGCCGAGUCAUCUACACCAAGACACCACACAUACACGCAUAUUGCAUAUUUCGCAUUGCGCACACCAUGGCCGAACAACAACAGCCUCCUGCCGUCGCGGCAUCUACCGAGCCGGAAACGACGACAACCACCACCGCACCGGCUGUCGCAACUCCCGCGCCCCCGCCUCAAGUCGACCUUGUGCCUGGCGAGGAUCCCGAGGACGACGACGACGACGAUGCCGAUGCCGACGCCGACUCAGCCCUUGGCUCCAACGCCCUCAGCUCAACCGCCUCGGUAACCGCCAGCAUCCUCGAGUACCGCACCAUCCACGGCCGCACGUUCCACAGCGACCGCCAUCCGACCGAGUACUUUACUCCCAACGACGAGCAGCAAAUGGAGUCGGUCGACAUUACCCACCACUACCUGACCGUCCUCCUCGACAACAAGCUCUUCCUCGCGCCCAUCAAGCCCGAUGUUCAGAGAGUCGUCGACAUUGGUACAGGAUCUGGUAUAUGGGCAAUUGACUUUGCCGACCAGUUCCCCGCCGCCGAUAUUGUCGGCUCCGACCUCUCUCCCUGCCAGCCCAAAUGGGUCCCGCCCAACGUCCGAUUCCAGGUCGACGAUGCCACGCUGUCGUGGACCUGGAAGGACAACUCCUUCGACUUCGUCCACAUCCGCUACCUCUUCGGCGCCAUCCAGGACUGGAACGGCCUCUUCAAGGAGGCUUUCCGCUGCUGCGCCCCCGGCGGCUGGGUCCAGUCUUGCGAGGCCGACGUGCACUUCUUCAGCGACGACGGCACCACUGACGCCGAGCCCGUCCUCAAGACCUGGGACAAGCUGUAUACGGACGGUGGUAAGGCCACGGGCCGCAAUUUCUUUAUCCUUGAUGACCAGCGUAGCGCCUUCAAGGCUGCCGGUUUCGAGGAUGUCAACGUUGUUAAUUACAAGCUCCCCGUCGGUGGAUGGCCUAAGGACUCCAAGCUCGCCGAGGUUGGCAACUUUGUCAAGUUGACCAUGGAGAACGAUAUUGAAGGCUACACCCUGCUCCUCUGGCACAAUGUGCUCAACUGGCCCAAGGACGAGUACCAAAUCUUCCUCAUGGGUAUGCGCCAGGCCCUCCGCAACCGCAAGAUGCACGCCUACAUGAAGGUGCGCUACGUCUACGGUCGCAAGCCCGAGACGGCGUAAGCGAGUGGUAUUGCAUGGCAGCCUGGGUAAGAGAUGGAGAACCAGGCACGAGGCGUUGGUGUUAGGAAGACGGCAUGUUAUUGCCCCCAUCCGACGAUUCGAUACGAUAUUUAUGAUGUGACGAUGUGUUUCUGUCAGGGCGGCUUGCGUCGUUCUUGGGCAGUGGCUGAAGGGACCUGGUGCAACAAAAUGUGUGGUCGGAGGAGAUUGUCGAGUGACGAUUCUUUCGAGGCAAGGACUCGGUGCUCGUCUAGUCGUUCGUUAUUACAAGCCAAGAUACACCUCAGCAUGGAAUGCCCUUCAUCAUCAUCCUGAUAGUCAUGCACUUGAUACGAACCUGACGGUUACUCGGUCUGUGCCUUUCACGAGCAAUUCGACAUCGCGUGUUGGACAAACCAGUGAUCUCACAACCCCUCGCCGAAACUCUAACCACUCCAUGUACCUCUUCCUCACGCCCGAGGCAAGCC